AGAGUCUAAGACGGCUUGUGUGUAUGCGCAUGUGUGAAUGAGGGGGUGUGUUAUCGUUGUUGUCCUCCACUGAGUCAGAAACACUCAGACAGCUGAUGGUAAAACAUCAACUCCAAGCAGAGAGAAACAGAAAAAAAGAAAACAGACAGAAAGAAAGAAAUCAAGUACAACUUGCAAGAGAAUUCAGGUAACACAGCAGGUCCAUCUUGACUUCCUUCCUCUUGGUGAAAUGGCCAUUUCCUCAGCAUUUGUCUUUGCCUAUUGGGCAAGUUUUCUGGUUGCAUUUGGUUGGUGCAGAGAUGGGGUGUGUCUUCAGGAUGGACGUCACAAAUCCAUGCCCAGUCCAGAGCCCAAUCUUAAAGAAUGCUCAUUGUACAUGGAGAAUGCUUGCUGCUCGGAGCAGGACAUUGGAGACCUUACUGCUUCUACUGCCAGUGUAUCAUGGGACAAGUGUGGCUCUCUCAGUCCAGUGUGUGAGGAGUUUCUGAAGAGAGUCAUCUGUUUUUACCGCUGUUCUCCUGAUGCCACAUACUGGCCACACCCUCAGCACGGCUCUUCCAUCAGGGCCGUGCCUCUGUGCCACAGCUUCUGCAGAGACUGGUAUGAAGUUUGUAAAUCAGACCUCACAUGUGCUCGAGACUGGACCAGUGACCCCAGAGGGCUAAACUGCACCAGCAGCUGCAUACCCUAUCAACAGAUGUACCAGCAUGGCCGAGACCUCUGCGAGAGCCUCUGGGGCGACGCUUUCAUAAUGGUGGAGGAUGAAACCAUGGAGGUCAAAGGUCAUGGCUGUGGAUGUUUGACCCUCAGCGCCUCAGACAGAGAGGUCAUAGCUGCUCUGAGAAUGCAGAAGGAUGAACCAGAUGAGCUGGACACCACCAAACUCCAUGGAAACCCCCUCUGCUCUCACACUGCAGCCGCGGCGCCCCAGCAGGGGCAGAAGAGCCACGACAAUUCGGUGUUACACAAACGCUCGGCUCCCCCCGUACAUGACUCGGAGGGCAGCGGCAGCGGCUUCUAAGCUCCCAAUUCUAGAAGCUUGGAAUAAUCUAAAUCGUGACACAUUCUAGAAUGUUCUGAACAAUCUAGUGUCAUUUUAAAAGCUGAGUUCUGGAAGCCUCAUUCUAGAAUGUCUAGAUUAUUCUAGAACAGUUGCCUGUUACUUCACAUCCCUGUGUUUUAGGUCGUGUUUGCAGGUUCCUCCUAAAUUUUCUCACGGGUAGCGUCAUUAUAAGAACACUGCAAAUACAGUCAGGUACCAAUAUCUGAAUCCAUUACCAAGCAUUUCAUUUAAAAGGUAGUUCAUGUUAUUCUUGGUCUCUUAAUGACUAACACAUCAUAUCUACUAAGUUAGCAGUCCACUUCCUGUAAUUUCUUUUGCAUCCUGAAGCUGCAGUCAGACCUAAAGUGUGAGCAUCAAGAAAACAAUUCACAUCUUCACACCAUCUACAUGAACUUAUAUCAGGAUAUACACUAUAUGGCCAAAAGUAUGUGCACCCCUGACCAUCACAGCUAUAUGUGGUUCUUCCCCAAACUGUUGCCACGAAGUUGGAAGCACACAAUUGCAUAGGAUGUCUUUGUGUGCUGUAGCAUUACAGUUUCCCUUCACUGGAACUAAGAGGUCUAGUCAAAAUCCGUUCCAGCAUGACAAUGCCCCUGUGCACAAAGCGAGCUCCAUGAAGACAUGGUGUGUGAAGGUUGGAGUGGAAGAACUCGAGUGUCCUGCACAGAGCCCUGACCUCAACCCCACUGAACACCUUUGGGAUGAACUGGAACACCGACUGAACCCCAGACCUCCUCGACAUCCCAACAUCAGCGCCUGAUCUCACUAAUGCUCUUGUAGCUGAUUCCCCAUAGCCAUGCUCCAAAAUCGAGUGGAAAACCUAACCAGAAGAGUGGAGCUUAUUAUAACAUCUGGAAUGAGAUGUUCAGCAAGCACAUAUGGGUGUGAUGGUCAGGGGUGCAUAAACCUUUGCCCAUAUAGUGUAUUUAUAUUACACAUAAGUACAAUUUACAUAAUAUGAUAUGUAAAAUUAUAUUGUGUAUUUUGAUAAACAGUUUCUUGUUCUCAAGGUCAAGUUUUGAAGGUUGGCAACUCUAGGAAGUAGUAAUUGGCAAGGGCACAGUCAAAUGUUAUUGAAACACAGCUAUGAUAUAAUGUUCUUGAGACAAGAUUAUGAUUGUGUAUCAUUUCCAAUGAAACUCAUCUCAUCCUACUGUCUCCAUGAAGAUGCCAAAACCAGGCACAUGACCAAAUUAUAUAGAUUAAAUAAAGUUUUACUCAGCAUUUUUAUUUACAAAAU